UUGCGAUGGAAAGGCAAUUAUUCUGAACGAGAUGUCAAUAACUGGACGCCAUCUCUGAAAGAGGCCCUCCAUUAUGACCCGCAAAGUGCCAGAAAUUUUGAUAAUGGUGUCUUCUGGAUAGAUAUGGACUCUUUGUACCGGUUUUACGACGUGGCGUACCUUAACUGGAGUCCCGCUCUCUUUAAAUACACAUAUUGUACUCAUGAUUCGUGGCACGCAGGGGUGGGACCCGUAAAGGACCUGUACUUCAUCGGUGAUAACCCACAGUAUAAUCUGACCCUUAAAAGCGGCGACAGUACUGUUUGGGUUCUGUUGACCCGUCAUAUCACUGAUAAAAACGAUUUUGCAAAUAAUAACGAAUACAUCGCUCUAUUGGUCUAUAAAAACAAUGGAGAAAAAGUUUAUAUGCCGUUCGAUCCGCCGCCAUAUAUAGACGGCGUCCGUAUUAAUAGUCCGCACUAUUUAUGCAAAAUUACGCCCAAACCUCAAGAGCCGUGCAGUCGGUAUACACUCGCGAUAUCACAGUAUGAGAAGUCGACGACUAUUAACUACACUAUACGUGUCUACUCUACCGGUGCUUUUCAGCUUAAAAAACUACUCAAUCCAUACAAAUAUAAAGAGAUGGAAAAGAACGGCAAAUGGACGGCCGAUACGGCCGGUGGUUGUGCUAACAAUAGGGACACGUAUCACAAGAAUCCUGAAAAGAACGGCAAAUGGACGGCCGAUACGGCCGGUGGUUGUGCUAACAAUAGGGACACGUAUCACAAGAAUCCUGUCUAUCAAUUCACUAUUACCGGUGCCAACGAUGCGGACAAUCAGUUGUUGAUUGACCUUAAAGGACCAAAAGAUUACGCGAUUGGUAUCGAUUUAACGACAGUGAGUGUUGUGAAUCAAAAUUCCGCUAAUUAUUUCAAGAGACAAUCGUCGGGUGCUUUCAAGUCUGGCUUUACUGUAUUGCAACUUCGGAGUGUACCCGCGGGCACAUACAAUAUAAUCCCGUCCACAUUCAACGCUCACCAAUUGGGCCCAUUCUUCCUCACUGAGACAUCAGAUGUGCUCAACAGAUGUCUGGCGAUAAUUAGCGGUCAGCCGUCGGCCACCGCCGCACCCGAUAUUGAAGCCAAACGCGUGGAAUACAUGGCCAGAGCCCACACACUGUUGGACGGACUCACGAAAAAGGAGACAAAACCGGCGAACGAAGUGUCGGACAGUGAGGAGAGGUCACAGCUAUUACGGGCCGAGUGUCUGAUGCGGGAGGCGUUAGACGAGGACCGGGAGGACAACCGCGAGGAAGCGCUCGAACUCUACACACAAGCGAUAACGCUAUGCAUUCAAGCCAGAAAUCAGACAAAAGAUGAUUCUUUGAAGAAUAAGUUGACGGCUUUGGCCACUAGUGCUCUCGACAGAGCGGAAGUACUGAAACAGCCGCAGACCGGUUCGCCGUCUAAAUCAAGUAACACAACAGACUGUGAUCUUAACACUGGUGUCAAUGACCUCAAACUCAGUCCCAAAAGUGUCGUUCCUGUGGGACAGUCGUCGACCGGUAUUAAUAGCGGGCAGUCAUUAUCGCCGCAACACGUCAUUAGCGGACAGUCGGCCUAUACUCGCGAAGAGAUCCAAGUCUUAAGGACCACAUCCCUAAUCAAUGGCCGCGAAUACGUGCCUUUCCUUAAUGUGGACCUUAAGGAGCGUUUCUCGUAUCCGAUGCCGUUCUCCGAUAGGGACGGACUGUUAGUAUUGGCGCCCAAACAGAAAAACCAGUUCCAGAGGUGGGCGCGACUCGAAGAGUUGACCCGCGAGCCGGCGGUCAUCGCCGACGCUGUCGACUGUUUCGCUAUUAAACAGACAAUUGUGAGCGACUGUUCGUUUGUGGCCUCACUGGCGGUGUCCGCCCUCUACGAGAAACGCUUCAACAAACGUCUCAUCACAACCAUUAUAUACCCUCAACGCCGAGACGGCCGGCCUGUGUAUAACCCGUGCGGCAAAUAUAUGAUUAAAUUCAAUUUGAAUGGAGUUUCCCGAAAGAUUUUAAUCGACGACAGACUCCCAGUGGACCGAUUCGGGCAACUCUUGUGCUCUUAUUCUAGUAAUCGAAACGAGUUUUGGGUCUCAUUGCUGGAGAAGGCGUACAUGAAAGUGAUGGGCGGCUAUGACUUUCCCGGCAGUAAUUCUAACAUAGAUUUGCAUUCACUGACGGGUUGGAUACCGGAGCGGCUCUCCAUUCACGGCCACGAGUCGGAAAAGGAGCGCACGUUUAAGAUGUUAUGCGAACGACACGCGAAGGGAGACGUAUUAAUAACA